CAGUUGGGAGAAUAGCGUGUCAGCAGUUACAUGAAAUAUGCACUAGUUUCCUAGCCUUCCUGCAGAGUACAUUACAGAAAUGGAUCAAGCUGUUAUUAAAGGUAGGACGUCGUUUUCAUCCUAAGUUUGUGUUUUCAAUAUGAAGUUGUUUUGUUUUACUCUCCAGCUUAAAUGAACAAAUGAAAUGUUUUAAAUCUAUCUGCAAAUAUUCAUUUCUCUAGCAGUAAAUUAUUAUUAUAUGAAUUACAUAAUUUUUUGUUAAGUUGACGAAAGCUUGAUGAUUUGCCAUAGGCAUAAUUUGUAUAGUAAGUAAAAAUAAUAUCAAGCUUCGUGUAAUGGAAGCAGUGGUGUAGCUAGCGUAAGUGUCACCCGGUGUGGUUCGCACCCCUUGCAGCCCACUAGCUACGCCACUGAAUGGAAGUUCGAUUUUAUUUUAGCGUCAGUGAAAUUAUUCAGUUAUCAUAAAUCAUUAAUUGAGUUUUACGGUAAAACAUACAUUUACUGGAAUUAUCUCAGAAUUAAAUAAUAUUGUUUAAUCAAUGACUGAGUCGCUGUGUCAACUGGUUGCGGAAUGUAUUUAUGUAGUCAUUUGUUUCAACUGCUCCAUUUCAUUAUCUAUUCCAGCUUAUUCUUAACUUACAGAGUAUAAGAAUUCAUCAUUUUAUUCAAUGCUUCAGUUCAGGAAACAGAACCAAUUCCAAAUGUUGUUUACUCUGUUGUAUAUUUCCUUGAAUUUUCUGACACCAACAAAAGGUCUUCCAUGCAAAGUAACAAAAAACAGUGGAACCUUAGAGACUUUAACAAUCAUCAGUUUUAACAACAAAUGUUAUCUAUUUGGCAAGGAAAAAGUAUCAUAUGACAAUGCUUACUAUUUCUGUAGUAGAAAUGAAGGAGUUUUGACAGAUGUUGUUGUCGGUUUUGGAACUUUAAUUGAGGUACUUAUAAAUGUUACGUAUGAUGCACUUUAUGGACUUUUAUUUCUUGUCAUAGCCACUUUAGGACAGGAUAUUUUAUCAAUUAUCACUCGGUUAAUCAUUUCAAACUACUGUUUAACAAUAAAAUAUUUGAUUUCCAUAUUUACGUUUAUGGUAUUAUGACAAUCUCUAAUAUUUGAUAUGGAAUGGCUUUACAACAGUCACUCUAAUAUUUGAUAUGGAAUGUCUUUACAACAGUCUCUCUAUUUGAUAUGGAAUGGCUUUACAGCAGUCUCUCUAAUUUGAUAUGGAAUCGCUUUACAACAGUCUCUCUACUAUUUGAUAUGGAAUGCCUAUUACAACAGUCUCUCUAAUAUUUGAUAUGGAAUGGCUUUACAGCAGUCUCUCUAAUAUUUGAUAUGGAAUGGCUUUACAACAGUCUCUCUAAUAUUUGAUUUUGAAUGGCUUUACAACAGUCUCUCUAAUAUUUGAUAUGGAAUGGCUUUACAGCAGUCUCUCUAAUAUUUGAUAUGGAAUGGCUUUACAGCAGUCUCUCUAAUAUUUGAUAUGGAAUGGCUUUACAGCAGUCUCUCUAAUAUUUGAUAUGGAAUGGCUUUAGAGCAUUCUCUCUAAUAUUUGAUAUGGAAUGGCUUUACAGCAGUCUCUCUAAUAUUUGAUUUUGAAUGGCUUUACAACAGUCUCUCUAAUAUUUGAUAUGGAAUGGCUUUACAGCAGUCUCUCUAAUAUUUGAUAUGGAAUGGCUUUACAGCAGUCUCUCUAAUAUUUGAUAUGGAAUGGCUUUACAGCAGUCUCUCUAAUAUUUGAUAUGGAAUGGCUUUAGAGCAUUCUCUCUAAUAUUUGAUAUGGAAUGGCUUUACAGCAGUCUCUCUAAUAUUUGAUAUGGAAUGGCUUUAAAGCGGUCUCUCUAAUAUUUGAUAUGGAAUGGCUUUACAGCAGUCUCUCUAAUAUUUGAUAUGGAAUGGCUUUAGAGCAUUCUCUCUAAUAUUUGAUAUGGAAUGGCUUUACAGCAGUCUCUCUAAUAUUUGAUAUGGAAUGGCUUUACAGCAGUUUCUCUAAUAUUUGAUAUGGAAUCGCUUUACAACAGUCUCUCUAAUAUUUGAUUUUGAAUGGCUUUACAACAGUCUCUCUAAUAUUUGAUAUGGAAUGGCUUUACAGCAGUCUCUCUAAUAUUUGAUAUGGAAUGGCUUUACAGCAGUCUCUCUAAUAUUUGAUAUGGAAUGGCUUUACAGCAGUCUCUCUAAUAUUUGAUAUGGAAUGGCUUUAGAGCAUUCUCUCUAAUAUUUGAUAUGGAAUGGCUUUACAGCAGUCUCUCUAAUAUUUGAUAUGGAAUGGCUUUAAAGCAGUCUCUCUAAUAUUUGAUAUGGAAUGGCUUUACAGCAGUCUCUCUAAUAUUUGAUAUGGAAUGGCUUUAGAGCAUUCUCUCUAAUAUUUGAUAUGGAAUGGCUUUACAGCAGUCUCUCUAAUAUUUGAUAUGGAAUGGCUUUAAAGCGGUCUCUCUAAUAUUUGAUAUGGAAUAGCUUUACAACAGUCUCUCAAACAUUUCAUUUCCAUAUUUACGUUAAAGGCUUUACAACAGUCUCUCAAACUUUUGAUGAACAAGAAACAUGUGAUGGAAAGUGUUAUCGAACGCUUUAAAACUGGGGUGGGCGACCCGCGUCCAGUAUUGCGGCCCGAUUAUGCCGGAUUCAUUACAAAAAAAACGCAUUUGUUGUUAUUUGAAUUGAACAAGUAAUCGAUGUUAAAAAGAUGAGUGAUAUACAAGAUAAAACGAUAUGACAAUAGUUGAGAUGUAGUCUGUUUUUUAAAUGUAGCAUUUCAUUAUAUAAACAUUUCUACAAAACAUUUAGUGUGAGUUUAUAUUGAUGUUUUCAUAUUAAGUGUAAUGGUAUGGGGCCCACAAAGUCUCUACUCACUCUCAAAGAUGUAUGUUAAGAAUUAUGAGCUGACCACCACUGCUUUAAAUAUUUUUGUUUUUUAUUUCAAUCAAAAAUAUAUUUCUUAAACUUAUAUUAAAGGUAGAUUAUUAGGUUUUUCAGCAUAUGAACAAACGAUUGAAAACAAAUUAUAAAUCAAAUGAAAUUUUUUUAUUGUGAUAAAUUCACAGCAAGCUCUUAACGAAUCAAGCACGCUAGAAGCUGAUUACUGGAUUGGUUUAUUCUGGACAAGCAUUUGGAGUGAAUAUAUUUGGGCCAGUGGUAAGAUCCAAAUUACUGAAUGCGGGAAAUGUCAUGCUAGGAAACAUACAAAUUUAAGAUAAACGAGAACGCUGUCUGAAAGAAACGGUCAUCUGAAAGGACAUGUAGGAUGAAUGGAUAAAUGGAUGGAGUGGUUGAUGGAUUUAUUAAGUUUGAAUGGAUUAAUAAUAAAGUUUAUAUCAAAAACACGAUUCAUCCCCAAAGGCUUGAAGCGCGGUACAAAGUCAACAAAAAACAAAUCUCUAAUUUACCACAUUUAAAACAAAGGCAACACUACAAAAACUAAAUACAAUCAUACAAUGUCAAAGUCUUUCAACCCAUUUCAACCCUAAACAACACAGCCUAUAUGCAUUAACUGGAAAAUAUGGUAGACAAUCAUCCCAGAAGGUCUUUGCGAAAUAGAUGUGUCUUUAAAUCUGUUUUAAAGGACUCCAGUGUCUGAUUGUUUCUGAGAUCGACUGGAAGGGCGUUCCAAAUUGUUGGACCAACAAAUGCGAAGUGCGCUUUCCUUAAGUCUCAAGGUGAACACGUGGUGUCGAGAGUUUGCCACUAUCGGAUAAGCGGAGUUGUCUAGUGCGUACAUAAGGCGUCAGCAGCUCUUUCAGAUAGGACGGCGCCAGGUCAUGUAAGCAGCGGUAGUACAAAGUUGCGAUUUUUUACUCUAUGCGAGCACGGACAGGCAGCCAGUGCAACUCUCUCAGAAGUGGUUUUGCAUGGUCGAACUUGCGUUUGCGAAGAACAAUGCGAGCCGCAUUAUUUGUGCUCUUUGAAUUUUAUCCAGGAGCGUAGCUGGAAGACCCACCAUGAGAGCAUUGCAAUUGUCCAUGCGUGAUAGCACAAAUGCAGAUAUCAGCCUCUUUGUUUCAUCAAUUGUUAGGAAGGGCCUGAUGUGACUAAUCCUGCGCAGCUCCAGAAAAAUCGCCUUGCAUAGCAUGUUAGUAUGACUUUCCAUAGUUAGUCUUCUAUCUAGGUAAACACCCAGGUACCGCACUGUUUGAGCAAACUCAAUACGCACACCUGAGAGAGCAAUUGGUGUGUUAUUUGCAGAUGUUUGCUUCUGAGCGGCCGCGAUAGGGAUCAGCUCAGUCCUCUCAUCAUUCAAUUUGAGCUUGUUUAUGGUCAUCCAGUGCUUAACUGACUCCACUGUCUUCUGUGUCAUACUGAGCAGCUGAGGUAACUGAGAGGGGAUCACGGAUUGAUGAAGUUGGGUGUCGUCAGCGAACAUGUGAUACGGCAUGUCAAAUUGCUUGAUGACUGCACCCAGUGGCUGAAUGUACAUCGUGAAAAGCACCGGGCCUAGGACCGAGCCCUGGGGUACUCCGAAUUCGAUAUUAGAUUUCUUCGAGUUCAAGCCGUUUGAAAUAAUUGACUGGACCCGAUAAGUCAGAUACGAUUGAACCAACACAGGACGGUAUCAGUGAGACCCAAAGUUUUUUGCAGACGCUGGAGCAGUAUGCUGGGUUCGAGCGUAUCGAAAGCUGCCGAUAAAUCGAGUAAAGACAAAAUCGAUACCUGGCCCUCAUAACAAGAUGGCAGAAGGUCAUUUACGACGCGCAACAGGGCUGUCUCAGUAGAGUGAUGCGCCCUAUCUGCUGACUGGAAAGGUUCGAACAAGUCAUAUUGUAUGAGGUGAUCCAGGAGUUGUCGGAGAACGACUUUUUCUAAGAUUUUGGAUAUAAAUGGUAGAUUUAAGAUGGGGCGAUAAUUUUCCAUCACAUUUGGGUCAAGAUUUGAUUUCUUUAAUAAUGGAGUGACGAUCGCCUCUUUAAAAGAUGAUGGAACAAUACCUGUAGCUAAGGACUGAUAUAUGAUACAAGUGAUGAUGAGGACUAUUUCAUCCAGACAUUCAUACAAGAGCCCUGCUGGAAGAGGGCCAAGCGAACAUGAUUUUCUUGGGGUAUCAGCAAGGAUUUUCCUCACAUUCGAUUCACUGAACUCAGCAAAGUCACCCAUUGAAGAGCCGUUGAAGAGUGAGAAUUCUGGAGCAGUAUUGAUGCAACUGUCAAGUUUCACCCUGAUCCUCUUAACUUUUGCAAUAAAGUAGUCAUUUAAACUGUCUAGCAGCUCUUCUACAGCAAUGUUUCUUGGCAGAGAUGUAGACUUGUUUUUACCGGCCAGCUGACCCACAAUGCGAAAUAAGUCCUUGCUUGAGCUGCUGUCUUUAAUCUGAUGACUAAAAUGCUCUGUCCUAGCUGCAAGGACCAAAUUUUUGGUUCCUUCCCUUUGGUUUACAAAGAUUUGUCGUUGCACGGUCAAGCCCAAUUUCCGCCAUUGGCGUUCUGCACGUCGCUGCUUCUGCUUCCCUUCCUUAAUUUUGGGCGUUAACCAUGGGGCGGAAGGGCAGUCCGUAACGCGCCGUGUGGACAGUGGUGCAUGUUUGUCUAAAAUGACUCGGAGGCCACUGUUGUAGUCUGUAGCAUGGUCUUUUUCCCUGCACCUGAGGGCGGCGACGUCGCAUCUGAAGACCACUAGAUCAAUUUUUUUCGCUGGUCACGAGAUGUGACUGUGCGCAGAGGGCGCCCUGGAUUCUUCAAGUCAAGGUCAAAGAAUAUGGGAAAGUGAUCAGAGAUCAUUUUAUCUUCAAUAAGGAGGUUGCGGAUGACGGCUGAGCGGUCCUCUCUGACGACAAGUCAAUCCAGGAUGUGACCCCUCUUCUGUGUCGGGACACAAACAAACAGGAUCACAAUGUAUGUCUCAAGAGAUUAUUGCAGAGUCUUCACAUAGCUGUCAGUGGUGGAUUCAACGUGGCAAUUGGAAUCACCUAUUAUGAUGACGUUGCUAUUUGUAGAGGCGUACGUGUCUAGGAGCUGUAUAAACUCAGCAGUAAACUGGGAGGCCUUUCACUUAUUUCGCUUAUUGAGAGGUGGCCUGUAUAUGCACAGAAGCGUAAUAGCUUGGUCACAAUAAUUAAGUAGCAUCUUGCAAAUCUCAAAUGAAACAAACUGUUCCGAUUUUGAGAACGCCACACUAUUCUUGAGGGAGCUUCUGUAAAGAACAGUAAUACCUCGGCCACCAUGAGACAGUCUUGGGCAGGAAUGAAGGAGAUAGUCCGGAGGUGUAAUUCUUGCAGCUUGACCUCAUCUCCUACCUGCUUAAACCACGUCCCCGUAAUAAAGGUCGGCCUUGCUCUCUAAAAUAAGAUCACACACCUCAAAUGUCUUGUUCCUGCAUGAGUGGGCGUUAAAAUACAGCACCCCGAAGUGCCGUGAUUGCGGCACCAGAAAAGGCCUACAGUCGACGGCUACUAGAUUUGAUUUCGUGGUGGUGCGAAAUCAUUGGCCACUGGCUUUGACAUUAGGGAACGGGUAAGAUCGAUGACACAGUAGCUGGCUGAUUUCCGUCGUCCUCCUCGUUACUGAAAGCUUCAUCAAAAGGCUCGUCAUAACGAUCACCACCAGCAAAUAUUGACACUGCAGUCGCCGUGGUGGUAUUUCAUUGGACGCUGUUUACGACGACCAGCUCGAUAGAGACGCGUCUUCUUUCGCCAUGUACCUAUUGGCUUAAUUGAUACUUGUUGUGUCGCGCAGUUUAAGCCAAGCUGUAACAGUUUUUCAAUCACUUGUAAACACUGGGGGUCGACAUAAGCCGUGUAAAAGAGCAGUAGUUGAGCCUUGGUAUAGCGCAGACUGAGAGGCCUGAAAUAGUCUGGAUGUAUAACUGCGUCUCUAUAGUAUUUACUCAUAGGUCUGUCUUUGAUAUUUCUAUCCUGAGUGGAAGCUCACUAGAAAGGGACACACAUGCCGUACUGUCAACACUGUGUUCACUGGCCUAUUUGCAUAAUAAAAAAACAAACACCAGCAGAUAUCUCAGAAAUCCAUCAUCUGAUUUUUAAACCGAUUAUACCACUGCACAGACCAGAACAUUCCGAAAAUGAUGAUACCAGAAUGUGCACAUAAAAAUCCAUAUUGAAACAGAAACUACAAACAACGUGCAAUAGUCCAUGUUGAAGCCUGUUAGGCGACAGUUGAACACAUAACACAUGAUUGAUGGGUUGGUAGAUAGAUGUCAAGAAGGAUUGAUACAAGAUCCAAAGACAGAUAUGUCUGCAAGAGGAAAUAUUGUAAUAUUAAUUAAUUAGCAAAAUAACGAAAAUACAAAUAAUAAACAAGGACAUUUUUGAUGUAAAAAAAAAAAUUAAAAGUAAAAAACAAUCAUAGUGGUUCUCAAACUUUAAACGUAACAGUCGUUUGAAAUUUUUUAUGGUUGCAAUCGAUAUCCAUCAAUACAUUUUUUUGACAAACAAUUACUUAUUAUAAAAAUUUCAAAUAUUAGUCAUCAGAUGUUCAUAAAAUUGGAUGGAUGAAUUUUUAUGCCUGAACUAGUUCUUCUAGAUUUGGUGUUGUACCAGUGCAACUCUCAUGUCAUUUGUCUCUUCGAAUCUGUUUCGAGAAUUUGUUUUGAUGCCAAAUAGUUUGUUAAAAGCCACUCAUGGAUGGUUGCAAAUGGAAUCAGCACCCUUAAAGUAAACUUCAGAACAUCGGGAUGGGACUGCGCCAUUUUAGUCUACAACAUACUACAACAUAUUUCAUGGAAAAUAUACUUUGCAUCCCAUCACUUGUCAAAUCAAUAAACUGUUCUUGAAUUAAAUUGUCACAAAUGCUUAUGCUCAUCAAUAUAUUUGUUUAGCUUUGGAAAAUGGCGCCAAGUUCUUCUGCUGCUACAGAUCGAGCUUCAUUUUGAAAGCAGUCAACUUUUCAUGGCUAUGGAGCACUGAGAUCGUUUUUUCCCUGCAGCGUCAGUUCGAUGGGAUUCACGGAAUCAAAUAAGUCAACCAAAAAUGACAGGAAAAUAAGAAAACUGACAUUAGAGAAAUUUUCGCUCUUGUGUCGUUUAGAGACUUGAAAAAAUUGCUGCAUCUCUUCAAAACUUUUCCUUUGAAAUACCACCUACCAUGUUUCAAAUUUGCAACCAUUUUCUUUUCAUCUCUCAGAAAACAAACGAGAUUUUAGAGCAUUCGCUGGUGGUGUUCCCUGCUACAUUUAAUUCAAUGAGAAUUAUUUGGAACUCACCAGGUAUGGUUUUUAACCAUUAUGGGUUGGCGAUGAAUAGUGCAGUGUACGUCAAUAUUGUUUGCGGAUUGUAGCUUAACUAAAAUUUGAAAACCAGAACGAAAACCAAAAUAGCUGGAGAGACGCCAAUGACAUGUUUCCAUUUAAUACCAUGCCCCUCAAAGAAUAUGUCGACUUUUUCAAAUAUUUAUUUUGCAGAUGCUCUGGUCCUGAGAGUCUCACCAAACUAAAAAAAAAAAAAAUCCUCCUAAAGCUUGUCAAAAAAAAAUAGUACAUAGACGCAAGUUGGGCUACGCUUGCAACAUACGACGUUUCAUCAAGCAGGAUCGCAAAGAAGUUAAAGCUCAAAAUAUGAAUCUUGAAGACCAACUGCGACAGUAUGUUAUCCUCCUAAAGCUUGUCAAAAAAAUAUAGUACAUAGACGCAAGUUGGGUUUACACUUGCGACAUACGACGUUUCAUCAAGCAGGAUCGCAAAGAAGUUAAAGCUCAAAAUAUGAAUCUUGAAGACCAACUGCGACAGUAUGUUAUCAGACAUUUCCGCCAUUCACCCCCUAACCGUAUCUUUUGACAGGAAACAUACUGCUUAAGUUAACCCAUCCCCUCACCCCAGGCUCAUUCGAUAUGACAUCUUUGCAGCAAGGCAAUAACAAAUGUUUUCCGAUACUGAAGUGGUUCUUAUGUGAAGCUACUUUAGACAAGGCUUAAUGUUCUGUGAAAACAGCCAGAAUCAUCAAGCCUGGAUUUGUGCAUGUCGUUUACGACGCAGUCCUUGUUUCUUUCGCAGAAGUGCUUCUUUUGCAUCUGUUUUUAUUUACAUUUUUAGGCUUUAGAGAAGUGGAUAUCAACCAAGAAGAAUACACACACCCCCCCCCCCCCCCACACCCCAAAAAAAAAUGUGGUUUUGCUUUCCCUCUAGACUUUAUUACAGUAAAGCAAAAUUUCAAAUAGGAAAUAUCAUUUCUCAUUAACUUUUUUUGGAGACAAUCUAAUCUAAAAAAGAAAUAGAAAAAACGACUUUUUACAUUUUAUUUAGAAAAUAUUAAUUUAUCAUUGUUUAGGUAACAAUUAAAAAGUUGAUAGUUUUAUCUUUAAAAAGUCUUUCUCCCACACGUACUGUAAAAUUAUGUGAGCAUGAAGAGAAGUUUAGAGGCGCGUACUCCAUCCAAAACACUCGAUCCAUUGUAUGGUUAGCUCUCAGGUACUAGGAAUUGAAACACCAGAUGUUCAAAUGUGCCAAAGAUCUCGAGAAAGCAGUGUGUUCUCCCUCUUUAGUGACUAGACCAAGUCUCACACUGAUUAAAUUUCUUCUAUAAUGACAAUAUUGAUUUUAAAAGCCUGGGAAUAACGCUGGUAAAUUGUGUCACCUUGUUGUCAAUUACGAAGGAUGUUAGUCUUAUGAGUCAUUCCUUUCUUUAAAGGUCAUUCCUUUCUUUGAAGGUUAUUUCUAAUGUUUUUAACAGUUAAACAAAAAAAAAUACCUUUUUUCAGGUGCUAAUUACAACAAGCUGGAGGCAUUUAAAAGUGAUCUUGUUGGAAAAUGUGUUAAAUUUUCCUCUUCAUCUAAAACGUUUGAAAAUGUUCGUUGCGGCCUUGAUUAUGCACCCAUAUGUAUGUUCUGUAAGUAGCAUUAUUUUUAAAGAAAGGAAUAAUUAUUAUAAAAUUUGAUUGAUCGAUGUAUCACCACCUCCCAAGCCCGACGUUUUUACUCACAGUGUAAAACUGAAAAAUUGCUGCAAUACUACGAUCAUACCCGGCCUCCCGGGGCAAUCGAUGAAUUUGUCAGCCAUUCCUGCACACAAACAAUUUUCAGCAAUUCCUCAAAUACCCACACACAUACAAAUAUUUGCAAAUACGUGCAUAUCAAAGGUGGAAAAAGGGGUGAUGAAAUCUUGAGGGUUUUAAUAGCAUAGGUCAUAGAAUCUGUCAUAUUGAAAAGUUGUUAUUUUGUGUUUCUCCCCUGUGAGAAAAAUGCUAGACCCACCAAUGAUUUCGGCAAGUGUUGACAAUGGCAUAAAGCCAAUGACAAAUGAAGGCACCCAAAGAUAUAUAUUUAAAUUUAAUAUGUUUCAUUGUCAUAUGUCCGUGGAAGCUAAGCUCGGUCUAUAAUACGGAAAAGAAUAUUAAAAAUAAAUUUUUUAUUUCAAAAAUAAAUUAUUUAAUUUUGACAUUCAGCACUCAGGGCUGUGUUUGCAGCAGUAGAGGCCCUGGGCACAGUAAUGUACCAAGGUCAUUAACCCUGUACAUACUCAGCGUCGUGUAAAGGAGGGGUGAGAGGGCCAAUAACUCAUGGCGCAAAUAUCAGGGAGCGGCGAAACCGUGUUUAGAUAGGUGUUAUAUAUGACAUUUUUCCCCGUGCGUGAACUUUGCUUGACCCAAAUGAGAUUUCUAGCACACGCUACGUUCAUAGAUGGGCGUGGCUUAUCUCUUUGAAGUUCAUUAGAGGAGUAUACCCCCAAGAGGCAUGAGACCCUUAUAGCAAUGGGCCACGUAGAGGUGUGAGACACUGUGCGUGGAAGAAGUGUUCCAAUGCCUUAAGUCGGCACUGCUCUUCUCCCCUAAUUUCAAUACUGCACUGUCACGUAGCUAGGGUUAUUAACAGUUGUUAAUAGUUAUUACAAUUUUCGCUGCACUUGUUUUUCGUAUGCAAAUUCUGUUCAAAAUUAUUUAUUUAUUGCAAUUAACUGCAAUGCGUGAAAAAGUGUUUCCUUUAAGUCUAUUUUUAAAUAUUUUAUAUGAAUGUUCGUUUGUCUUCGGUUGGCAACAGGUGUUAAAUAUGUGCAAAAUUAAUGAAGUUUUAUAGAUUGGUAUAUUCAUUAAAAUGAACCCAACCUCUUCCUCGCUCCUGAACCAUAUUAUCGGUAAUCAUUAAAAUAUAAUUAGUAUAGUUAAUAAAGUAAUAUCUUAUCCUCCGAUUUUCACGACUAAAAGUCUGAUCUUUUUUUAAUAUCUUUCUUAACAUCUCAUUAAAACUUUCCAUUCCUCUAAAUUGUAUUUUGCUCAAAAUUGAAAAACUAAUAUUUUAAAUCUGUGACGUAAUCAGGUUUGGCGAUGCACCCCCCCAAAUGCACCCCCCCCCCCAUUUUACCAAAUUUGAAUAGCCCUUGAAAUUUAAAAACAUAAAAUGGUACACUAAAUUGUUCACUUUAAAUUAUCUAUUUACAUAAUAUUGAAAUAUGUGUAAAUAAUGGAAAGUAUAACUUUGUUAGCAUUCUGCUUUUCAAACUAUUUUUUAACGUUAAAUCCAUGGUUUUCCCUUAAUAAAUUCCGAUUCUUUAGUUGUGAAAAUACCUAUUGAAUUUCAAAGAUUUGACGCUUUGUAAUGUGAGUGACGUGUUCUUCUUCUUUAACAUAUUAAGGGAACACGAUUAAAAUAUUGAUCUUUCUGGCUCAUGUAGGCCCGAAAAAAUUGUUCCACAUAAUCCUGUCACAAAAUUGCACACUGCAACACGAGGGAGUUUGUUAUGAGUGAAAAAGUUCAGCUUCUAAGCAGUCCAAGAAACUUUGAGCUCCAAAAAUAUUCAGCUAUCGAGGAAUAGAAUUUAAAGAAAAACUUACAAAAUAUGCGAGAAAUUUCACUGCUGUCUGUUAAUAAAAUGGCUUUAGAAGUUGUUUUCCGACAGCAAUCACUAGCAACGCCGGGAACAUUUGCAAGUAUACAGAUAUGGACAGCAAGACUAAGCUGAAUACAGAUGUCAGGUUUCUGAUAUGUCAGUGACAUAGAAAGAUAUGAUAUUGAAAGAAAGAACAUCCACGAUUAACGAGCUCCACUCAAAGUCAAAUUUUAGAAAGAAAAGAGUCAGAAAUGUGCACAUUUGCUAAUACUCACAUGUGUUAUUACGUGGCAUGGCGUUCACAUUUUUAAUACGAUAUAUCUCUUAGUCUAGAACCUUUUUUCUUCGACAACUUUAGUUUGGAUAUUUUUACAGCAGAUAUCAAUGAUAAUGAAACCUCUCGGUGCUCAAAUGUGUGCAAGGCUGUCCAGGGUAAAUAUGGUCAAACUACAACGGCCUUGACCACAACGUUAAUAACCCCAAACUCAAGCCUUGAAACGACUACAUCACCACUGACCUGGACAACAACUGAAGGAAACACCACAAGUAAGAAUUGCAAUUAUUGCACGGAAUGUGAUUGUGAUAAGGGGCAUGAAGCUGCAACGAAAACCCCGUAUAUUGGACAAGAAGCAUCUCUUCCAAGUAAGACAGCGUUACAAUUGUUAAGAACUUAAAUUUAUUGUCUAAUUAAAACGUUUGACUAGGAUCUUUAUGAGGAGUUAAAUUAUUUAAGUUGUUUUUUUUAAAUAGAAAAGAUAGUCUUUAAUGGACUUUGCAAUGAUUAUGUAAACUAACUUAUAAUAAUAAUAAUAUUAUUGCUAGUGACAACCAUGGGUAAGUAUAGGGCUUUUUUGUCUUAGAAUGCACCUAAACGGAAUACCAUUACCUUUCUUCGAUGGAUUUGCCAAUUAACUUUAGAAAACUUGCAAUUGAAUCGCUCUGUCGAGAUUAGCAGGUCGGGGGGGGGGGGAAUGAUAAAAACCGCGCAUAAGGGCUACUUGUAUGUCGAGUCUGAUGUACACGUAUUUCGUCCUGUCUGGUUGUCAUGGCAAUGCUCGGCUUAUGGCACUACUUCGCUUGUCAUUGGUCGUGUAGUCCCACCCCCCCCCAGCUUUUUUUUACACAACUGAUGUGUGGGGCUGUGUGUCCAGUGAUGAUGUGCGAAAUUGGAGGAGGAAGAGGGCGCUGAGGGACAGGUCCACCCCGGGCGGAACAUAUUGCCUAUUUUAGAAGCGACAUUUAGGUCAACUGCAGAGUUUGUCGUGGGUAAAAAUUGGGGGGGGGGGUGCGACAAGAAAAGUUGGACCCACGUCACUCACUCCAUGUACGCCGCUGUGAAUAAUUUAUGUAUUUAAAAAAAUCAUUAUUGAUAUAGAAAAUUGUAGUACGUACUUCUCAACCAACCAUGUUCCUCAUACGAAGGCCAGAAUAUUAGCAGACACAACAUCAAAAUAUACGAACAUGAUGACGCCAGGAAUAUUUCUGAAUCUGAUCUUGAGACAAAAAAGAAAUACUAAAAUUGACUGGCCAGAUAGCUGGAACUAUGAUAAAAAAAUAUUUUAAUAAGGAGGCCAUCCACAAAUGACGACGCGCCGUUUGAGUCGAUUGCAGAUAUCCUCUCCCAUUUUCACAAAUAUAUCACGUAGGUUUGGACACUCGCAUAAUAGAACUUCACAAAAUCGUGACUCCCUCUCUCAGACCCGCCCCUCCCCCAAUGCGUGAUUGCUCUUAUUUCCUACUGAAAAGCAAUGGUCAACAGUUGAGACUUACGUAUUUUCGGGUACUACGUAGCUACUCUGUACCAUCCUCAACGUUAUCUUCCCCAGCCUUUUUUUUUUCAUUUUGUAAAAAUUAGAAAAUCACUUGUAGCAUGCGUGAUUUGAUUCCAAUAUUUCAUGAGUAAAGUGCGAACAUUUCAAAAAAGUAUGUUCAGUUGACUUGACAAUUAAAUGAAUUGGAUCAUUAAAUAGCUAAACUCGUAACUGCUGCGUUUGUACAACACUCGAAGGAAAAGAUGUGGUGUACAGUAAAUUUCUACUAUCAAUAAGUCUGAUAGCUCUUUUGAGCCUAAAAAGGGGGUAAAUUAACGAAUGGUUUACUUUUGCGUGACACACUUACGUCCUCAAGGCAACACACUACUGUGUCGCGACACACAUUUUUGAAAGCACGGCACUAAAGAGUGAAGUAUGUAAAUACUUUGCUGAAAAUCCUUCCAUCUUCAGGCUUUAGAUAUAUCCCAUUUUUAGCAAAUGUAACUAAAUGUCACAAGUAUAUAAGGAACCCCGAGAAGACACCGUACUGUUACGAAACUUAGCUUUUAACUUUUGUUAAUAAUUAUGUCAGGCCAUUCAAUUUGAGAUGAGGGCAAUGAGUUAAAUGAUUAAAUAACAGCGGUUAACAUCAAUAUAAAGAGUAUUUAAAUAUCAAUAAUUUUAGUUAUUUUCAACCACUGUGUACAUGUUCUAAUUUAUACUACUUAAAUGCAUUCCACAUUCACCUUUGUAGUGGAUAGAUUAGUGUUGCUCCCAGAAUAUGUACAGCUUACACAAUAUAAUUUUAUUGGGAUGAUUAAUCAUUUCUUUAGAAAUAAACAUUCACCUGUAAAACAAAUUGUAAUCUGAACGACUUGCGUUUCUUUCAUCAUUAAAACAUAUUUUAAUAUAAAAUCUAAUAACACAACUAUUUUUUCGACAAAACAAAUGCAAACAAUAGAUUGCCCAAAGACUUGCUUUUUUCAUUUCUCUUUUUUUUCAUUACAGGCACGACUCCACUUGCUGUGUUAGCUGCACUUUUAACAGCUUCCCUACUGGCCAAUGCAAUCGCUUUUGUCAUGUAAGCUUAAAAUAGUAGCUUUAAUCUUAGCAAAUAUUUUGUGUAUUUACUAACUCAAAGAUACAAAUUUAAUAAAACUGUCAUUGAAAUGCGUCCGACUCCAGCUUUCACCGCUACUCGCCAGCCAGAACUGACUCUUUUCUUAUUUCGAAGUUGGCUGCCUUCGUGUCUUUUUGUACACAGUCGUUGUCACCCAGUACGUCUUGACUCCACAGCAAGUUCUUGGUAGAGCAGGGCCUUUGAAUCACGGCCUGCCUUCAUUAUCUUGUCAUUACCUCGCUAAAUCUUUAACCAAAAAAUCACUGCUCAUUGAGAGUCGAGGACAUUCUGCUAAUUUUGGCAGUCGUCUCCAUAAUUGGUGUUACGCAGUUUGUCCCGGCAUCAAAUGCGAAGAAUGUGCCGCAGAGAUCUUAGGUAGAAGUUGUCGACAUUCUGCUCGUGGCUGGAGAAUCUGGUCCACAAAUUUCUUGAGGAUGCUCAGUUUUGUCCUUUCAGUGAGUUUAUAUUUGUUCCACACCUGUUAUUUCAGCCACGACCAAUGUUGAACGGCUUGCCAUCAGACAUGUUGUGAGUGUACGCUCCGUUUUUUUUUUGCAGUAUCUGAAGUAUAAUAAAACAUCAUGGUGAAAAAGAUGGAGACAAGCCAUGGUGCAAGUAUGCAGCCUAGCUUACUCCACUGCUGAUUAUGAAUCUUUUAGAGACCACGCCAUUGACAAUAAUAGCACUGUGAAUGGUUUCGUUGAAUUUUCUUAUGAUUGUUACACAGAGACAUGUGAGGAGCAUAUCUCUAGCAGUCACUGACAAAAUUCCUGCAUAAUCAUUUAUAACGACUGCUGGUAGUCAUUACACCAUGGGAAACUCUAGCAUUUCACUCUCUUUGGAGGUACAACGCUACAAUGUUUGAACCGCUGAAUUGGUCUAAACUCUAAAGCCUUGUAAAAAGGGAUUUUCUCCUCUGAUAUAGAUUGGAAUCAUUUACACUUAAUAUGUUAGCCUUGAUGGAGCCUGUUGACAUCUGCAGAAUCCUCUCAAAACAAGAGGAUGUGGUCUCAAUUCAAAUGAUGAUGGCCUGCUUAGCAAUUUUCUUCUUCUUCUUAUAUUUGAGGGGCCCACGAUCAAUUUGUUGAUCAUUCUGGCUCCCGGUUUGAAUUCAGCGUUUGCCUUCUCUUAGAUGGGUUGCCGUCCAAGGCUUACGAGUCCCAUCCACCCGGGGUGCUGGGAUAUUGGCUUUGGUGGGGAUUGAACUCCAGACCACCAACUAUUUGGUUUGAGACAGUUUAGACCGCUCGGCCACCCAGCACCUUUUGGCACCCGGGACAUGACGUGCAAUUCGAAAUUUUAACGCCCCUUUCUGUUAAAAACAUUUUCAGAUUAAUGUUAACUCAAUUGUUAAAAAUUUGCCGCUGCAGAACACUUUUCAGUGACUAUUUCAUGCAUGGUAGCAUAAUAUGAUUAAUGGAUAGUAUUUCUUCACAUAAUUCAAACCCGUCAAUGUCUGAUACAUUCCGGCAUGUCCUAAUUAUUAAUUACACUUUUCUUUUUUCUUUAUUUCCUUUUCCUUGGUUUUUGAAUUCAAAGUAAGGGCUGCAAUUUUUUUUUUUUUUGUGUAAAAAAUAAUUUCACAAUUUUAAACAAAUUUGAUUUCGGAUGUCCAAUUAUUUAAUUUAAAUAAAUGGCAUACCCUUCAGCCACGUUAGUUGUCAAGCGGAAAUUCUCCGAGGAGUCUAUCAAUAGCACAAUAAUGUUCAUUUAUAAAUAUUUAUUAUUCCAUGAAUUUAAUAUUUAUUUUUUUAGUUUGGGAUAGAAUGACGCACAUAGGAAUUGGCGUCCAGGCAGUUGCCUGCUUUGCCUGUACCAAUGGCCGGUCCUGCAUAUAAUCUAUAAUCAAACUAUACAAUUAUAUAGAUAAUUAUUUUAUUUUAAUUUAGGAUGUUUAAACAGGCAUACAUUGUUGUUCGUCCGUCAACAUCGACUAGGACCAUCCAGUCAUCCGGUUAGGGGAGAGGGUGGGAUACGGUGAGUUCGUAGGUGGCUUGCUAGUCCGAUCCAUGCUGGAAAAAACUCUGGCACCGUGGGCAGGGGAUAGUUGCUGCAGUCGGUGCUCUAAUGUUGCUCUUUCGGGCUAGCCUACGUGUCUCAGCUGUGGCUAUCUACUGGCUUCAUGAGAUUUAGCUCCCUUCAUGACAGCUGAUCUCCACCUGGCUCUGCCCUGGGCUGUCUGCACCCCGUCAGUAGGUUUGAUGCUGAAGUUCUUUAGUGCCGCUUUCAGUGAGUCGUUGUGACGCUUUUUUUUAACCUCUUAGGAGCGCUUGCCCAUCGUGAGUUCUCCGAAGAAUAUAUGUUUAAGGAGACGGUGAUCUUCCAUACGGGCUACGUGUCUCAUCCAACGGAGUUGAGACUGCAUCAUGGUAGUGAAGAUACUAGUUAGGUUCGCUCUAGCGAGUACCUCCGUGUCAGGCAUUUUGUCUUGCCACCUGAUGCCGAAGAGUUUCCUGAGGCAGGUUGUGAGAAAAUGAUUUAGUUUCUUGGCGUGACGCUGCUAGACUGUCCAAGUUUCACACUGUGUGCGGAUGUUCCGUAUGGCAAUUUGAAGUGAAAUAUAGUUGAUCUUUGUUGUUGUUUUUUCGACCGCAAAAAUUGGGUCCCCGCGACCGCGGUUAGCCGGCUAGGGUUUGAAGGAGCAGGCAAUGUUUAGUGCACAUUUUCUAGCCCCUUCCUCAUGCAUUGAGGUGAGCAGUGCUGUCCUGAAUAGGGCUGCUCAGACACUCUGGUGGCUGCUGAACUCUACUUCUGCUCCAAUGAGUAAAGAGCCUGUGUGCAGGUUUGCGGCUACGACUCCCUGUGCACCACACCUGUUGCUUACCCGUCGCCACAGGACUUGGGGGUGAUGGACAGACGUACAUAUUAAUGCAUAGUAGACUCGAUUAUUAAGAUGAUCAACUAAAAUGGGUGGGGGUGGGUGGGUAUUAAAUUUGUAUUUCUUUUAAACAUUUGCAACACUUAAGUGUCCUAUAUAAUAAAUCAGAGGCAAGGAGGUUGUUUUUUUGUUUUUUUUACAAUUUUAUAUAACAUUUUAACCGACGGAGCAAAAAAGACUAAGUACAAGUUUAGUACGCAAUGCUAUACAGGCUUAUUGCCUUAAACUUUAAAAAAAAUUAAUGAAACAUUAGAAAAGUAGUAUUUUAUGUAUUAAUGUGGUAGACACAGUUCUGGAAUUACAAAUUAUUUAAAUCCUGUUUAAUUUUAGGAAUUUUUAGCAUCUUGACCAGGAAUCUUCAAUAGUUCAAAGCGUAAAUUGUCACGAGGCUUGAGUUUCCAUGAACAUUUCAUAUAUUUAGCAUUAGCUUAAACACCGUGCCGAAUUUUAAAAAAAAAAAUUAAAUAAUAAUAUUGAUAAAUAUUAUCAUCAAUAGAAAUAAACCACCAAACAAUGGUCUCAGGAUGCGCGAACUUAUCAUAUGCUCCAGUCACUUGACAAAACAUGCUUUCCAAGAACUCACUUUAUGAGAGAAUCCAAAUUAGUGCCAACUUCUGGGAAGUUUUAUUUUGCACGCUUUUAAACACAGCAUAUAUUGCCUUGAUGUUUAUGAUUUGAUAUUAAAUAACGUAAUGAGUAAAUUUGUGUGGGCAUGUGGGCUAAGAACGUUUCAAUCAUUGUGUAAGAGCAUCUAAGAAGGUAAAGUAAAUAUCUUAGUGGCACUUUUAAACUUGCGAAACUUUUUUUUAAAAAUAUAUUGACACGAAAUAUUUUUCCCAUUUAGAUUUCACCAAUGCUUAAACAUCUAUAUACUUUUUUCAAUUUAAACUAUGUUGUAGUUAACUUAAUUCACUCCAAAAACCUUUUCUGCUGGAAAGUGCGAAACAAAUAGGGAAAUUGUGAAAAAUCAAUAAAUAAUUAAUGUGAACUUGAUUUCUGGGAAAAGGUCAGAGUGGAGUAAAGUUCUAUUCGUUGUUCUGACCAACACUCGUGUAAUGAUUUGACUUUACAGUAAAGACACUAAAGCUCGUUGUAACUUUAUUUCGUAUAACUUCUACGCAGAGGUGAAAGUGCCACAAAUCGGACGAACACCGUAGCCGAAGAUUUUAUGUGAAGUGCGUUACGGCAGUGAAAACUAGAAAAUACACAUCAACCAGGUGUUAAUACAAUAAAUUCAUAUAGAGUGACCCUGGAGUUACUCUCGAUCCACCCUACUUAGUUGGUUAUGCUCGCCUCAGUAAUGGCUCAUCAACAGUGCGAAACGGAAUGUCCUUGUGUGGGGAAAGUGAGUUUAGCAGGACAAACAUAUUUUAAACGUUUAAAUUGGUUUAAAAGAAACACAUUUAAAUGUUCAUGUCAAUGAUGCGGAUCCUUACACAAUCAACACAUAAUUUUAUUACAAUUUCAAAGGUUUUGGAGACUAAGAUGCAAGAAUCGAACUGAUGAGACACACAAGCCCAUUUCUAUGGUUGACAUCCUCAGUGUUGAUUCAUCAAGUCUCAACCAGGCACAUACCAACCAAGAAACAAGGGAUGGCUAUGACAUCUACACCGAUCCCGAAUCUCCAGGAUAUCAGGACGUGGAACCCAAAAUGUCAGUUGCUAGAAAUAUUACAAGUGACGUUUCGAAAGGGGCGAGCGUUGAGAUUGAUUCCCAGCCAUACUCACAAUUGGACCGUGAAGGCGCUCAAAAAUUGACAAAGGCUUCAGAAGAAGGUAGUGUUUAUGGUCCUGAAAGUUUCAUGGCAGCCACAUCUAAAAGUAAUCAAGACUCAGGGAUAGCGUUGAAACAGGAUAACUCUGGAGAUGCCCUCAAUUUGUAUUCCAUUUAUGAUUCCUCAUUAUAAGAGGCGGUGUUGUAAGAUUUGUCUCACUACGGCUACAGAUGUUAUAGCUUGAAAUGGAGAGACAGAACAAUUGAGAUCAAAACUUUUCGGCUAAGAGCAUUCUCCAGAAGACAGGGCACAAGCUGAAACAACAAGAUAUAGAAAACUGUUCAGACACUUAAGUUAUUUUCAACUGUUUUCUAUUUCUGAGCCAUUUCUUGUUUUGUCUUGUCUGCCGACGAAGGCUCUUAGUCGAAACGUUCUCCGUUUAUUUUCCGUUUAUUUUUUGUCAUUUCAAGCUUCGACACACCUUGUUCAUUUAUUUUUUUUUCACACAUCGUGAACACAGUCCUUCAUUUACGGCAUUUGACCAGUCUCUAUUUAAAAGAGUCUAUUAUAUUUUUGCUAAUGGUGCGCAUGCAACAAGCGUAUUUUAUUUUUAUGUUCUUAAACAAUGCACCUAAGGUUAAAUAUCCUCAUUGAAUGUCUAUACUUUUAUCUCUCGUAUGGUCAUUUUAUUGAAUUGGAAUUCCACAAGUAAAUUGUUAAAUAUAUUAUUUCAACAUUUGAAUUUUGUAUUUUCUUUUUCAUUGUUGACCUAUAUGUAAUUUUUAAAGGUGUUGAUGCUAAAUCAACUAUUAAUAAAGUAUUACACGCGUUAAUUAAUUCUCACAAAUGUUGGGCCACUUUAAUAAGCAAUAAGAUGCAUCUUUCUAGGUGGGUCAAGAUUUUAAAAAUAUCAUUGGAAUUGGUGACAAUAUAAUGGAUGACAUCGUCAUAGUCCCUUAAAAAAAUCGAUUUCUAAAAUAUCCCCCCCCCCAACGGGAUGAGCGGGGGGGAGGGGGAAAGUGUAUGUUGAGGGGGGGGGG